AUGGCUCUGAAAUGCGUCAAAAAGGCCAACCAUUCCCGAUCCCUCAAGGUACUCGAGCGAGAGAGAGAUCUUCUAACGAAGGUCGACCAUCCGUGCAUAGUGCGUCAGGCUGCCACGUUACAGGAUGAAAAAUACGUGUAUUUCCUUCUGGAGUGCUGUGCUGGAGGGGAUCUCCAUGCACGCAUGCGCACUAUCGGGCUCUUCUCAUUAGAGGCGGGCAAGUUCGUUGCAGGUAGCGUGCAUUCCGCCCUACAGCAUCUACAUGGCCACCAUCAUAUUAUAUUCCGGGACCUCAAACCUGAGAAUCUCCUCCUUGAUACGAGAGGCUAUCUCAAGCUGGCUGAUUUCGGAACCGCUAAGAAGUUCACUCCGGGUAGUCCAGAGAAAACAUAUUCCCUAGUCGGAAGUCCUCAUUAUAUGGCUCCCGAAGUGAUCCUUGGUACGGGCUAUAGUUACGAGUAUGACUACUGGUCGCUUGGAGUUAUCCUAUUUGAGUGUUUGUUCGGUCCCAAGCCCUUCGGGGAGGAGCUCCGCGACACGGAGCAUCUGCAGAUCUUCAACAGAAUUGUCCGCGCGGAUAGCGACCCCCUCUCGUUUCAUCCAUUCCUUACCCCCCAGCUAGACUCUGAGGAGAGAGAUUCAUGCGAACAGACUAUUUCCGCACUCUUGUGUUACGAUUCACACGAUAGGGCAGGAAACAUCCGCCGUAUCUCAGAGUUCGGCAUACUGAGAGGUUACCAUCCCGCCCUCAUCUGGGGCCGACUUUCUGUGUCCCCCCUGAUGCCAGACACUACUGCUAGAGGCACCGCAUAA